AUGUCAGAAUUAGGAGCAGUUUGUCUUCAAAAUGGCAAACCAGUUGCUUAUGCAUCGAGAGCUUUAACUGAAUGCCAAAAGAAAUAUGCACAAAUUGAAAAAGAAUUACUUGCAAUUGUAUUUGGAUGUGAAAAAUUCCAUGAUUACAUCUAUGGCAGAGAUGUCAAUGUUGAAACAGAUCAUAAGCCCUUAGAGCAGAUUUUCAAGAAGCCCCUUCAUCAAUCUCCAUUGAGACUCCAGAAAAUGUUGCUGAAACUUCAAAAGUACAGUUUGAAAGUCUUGUUUAAGAAAGGAGCAGAACUUUAUCUCGCGGAUCAAUUAAGUCGAGCGUAUAUCCAAGAAGAAUCAGAUGAUCACUUAGAAGAUUUUGAGAUAAAUGUUGUCUUGCCAGUAAGUGAAGAGAAAAUGAACCAAUUAAAGGAAGAGACAAAGAAAGAUAAAGCCAUGAAAAAGCUACGACAGUACCUAGAAAACGGAUCGCCAGAUCUACGCAGUAAAGUUGAUUUGGAUGUUUUAAAUUACUGGGACUUUAAAGAGACUCUUUCAGUACAAGAUGACCUACUGUUUAAAGGAGAUCGAGUAAUAAUUCCUGAGUCAUUAAGAACUGAUAUGUUGAAAGCUAUACAUCAAGGACAUUUUGGAUCUGAAUCAUGCAAACGUAGGGCUCAAGAGUGUUUAUAUUGGCCAAAGUUGAGCUUAGAAAUAGAAGCAGAAGUUAGAAAGUGUGAAAUCUGCAAUGCCCAUAAGAGUCAUCAACAAAAGGAGCCUCUACAAUCACAUACUGUACCACAUCGACCGUGGAGUAAAGUUGGAGCAGACCUGUUUGAAUUGAAUGGUAGAAGCUAUCUUCUUAUGGUAGAUUACUACAGUGGAUUCUUUGAAAUUAAUUACUUGUUAAAUACAACAUCAAAAACAGUUAUCACAAAGAUGAAAUCUCAAAUUGCGAGAUAUGGAAUUUUCGAAGAUCUUAUAACAGAUAAUGGUCCACAAUUCAGGAGUAAAGAAUUUCGUGCAUUCUCGUUACAGUAUGGAUUUAAACAUACAACAAGUUCACCAGGAUAUCCAAAAAGUAACGGCAUGUCAGAACGUGCUGUGCAGACAGCAAAAGCAAUCGUAAAGAAAGCAAAAUAUGAUAACACCGAUCCUUAUUUAGGACUCCUUAAUUAUAGAAAUACAUCUAGAGAUGAAAUUGUUGGCACUCCAGCUCAACGACUAAUGGGACGAAGAACUAGGACAUUACUACCAAUAUCAGAGAAGUUUCUUGAAUUUCAACCAUUAAACCCUGUGAAGGUUAAAGAAAAAUUGGAAAUGUAUCACAAGAAACAAAAAGAGUUUUAUGAUCGCAAUGCAAAAACACUUCCACCAUUAAAAGAAGGAGAUAAGGUACGUAUAAAAACAGAAAAAGGCUUCCAAAAGAAAGGAAUCGUGGAAAAAUCGUUACUUGAGCCAAGAUCGUAUUUGGUUACGUCUGAUGGUACCUACUAUAGAAGGAAUAGAAAUCAUCUAUUAAAGAUUAAUGAAGAAUCGAGAAGUCAAGAUACAGAUAAGUCUUAUACUGAGAACAAUAGAUCUUAUAAAAAUCGUAAUGAAAGUACUAACAACAGUAAUAUAAGAACUCGGUAUGGACGUCUAAUUAAAAAACCUAAUAGAUAUUCUUAUUAG